UAUGUGAAAAUAGCAUCGGAGGAAAUUAUUUAUAUGUACUGGUUUUUUUAGUGAAAGUAAUAGGGUUUAGUGACCUUUAGAUACACCACUGGUGCCAGUAGCCACGUGGAUCACGGGAUCUUGUUUAUCCCGUACGCACAGUGUACGUGACAAGUUAGUCUUAUCAUUUCGUCCUAAGCUCAUUAUUUUUAUUCUCAAAUAAUAGUGUUCCUACUAACAAGCAUCAUGGCUACUAUACGCGUUGGACAAAUUCUGUUUAACAAAGGAUUGCAGAUUGGUCAAAAACCACAAUAUUUUGCGAAGAACGUGAAAUACUAUUGUUAUCAGGCUCAACAGAAUUAUGAAUUCAUCAAGGUAGAAAUUGCUGGCGAAAAGAAGAACGUUGGUCUGGUCACGUUAAACAGGCCAAAAGCCUUAAACGCUCUUUGCGAUAAAUUGAUGACUGAAUUAAAUAAUGCUGUAAAUAAAUUGGAUACGAACGACAGCAUCGGGGCUAUAGUUCUUACUGGCAGCGAAAGAGCAUUUGCAGCCGGAGCUGACAUCAAAGAAAUGCAGAAUAAUACUUAUUCGCAGACUAUUAGAGGGAACUUCCUUGCAAGCUGGGAUGCAGUCACGAGAAUUUCGAAACCAGUGAUUGCCGCCGUAAAUGGAUAUGCUUUAGGCGGAGGCUGUGAAUUGGCAAUGAUGUGCGAUAUCAUCUAUGCCGGAGACAAGGCAAAGUUCGGCCAACCAGAAAUCAUCAUUGGUACCAUACCAGGUGCAGGUGGUACUCAAAGAUUGACUAGGGUAAUUGGUAAGAGCAAAGCGAUGGAAAUGGUACUAACAGGAGGUCAGAUCACUGCUGAGGAGGCAGAGAAAUGCGGUUUGGUUAGCAAGAUCUUCCCAGCAGAAAAACUUGUUGCUGAGGCAAUCAAAUUGGGUGAGAUAAUUGCCUCUCACUCUCAAUUAAUCGUCUCCAUGGCGAAGGAGUCUGUUAAUACUGCAUAUGAAACUACCUUGAGGGAAGGGCUCCACUUUGAAAAGAGAAUGUUCCAUGGAACAUUUGCAACAAGUGACAGGAAGGAAGGAAUGAGUGCAUUCGUUGAGAAGAGACCACCCAACUUCACCAACCAGUAGAAAGCAUUUACUGUUUACUGCAUUAUAAGAUAUAUAUGUAUAACUAGAUACUUAUUUUUAUACAUCUUAUAUAUUUUUUACACUUGUUAUCAAAAAGGAUGUUUUUUUAAUAAACACAAUUGUUUAUUUUAAAGGAAAACAAAGA